AAUUAUCACCUAACUCUACAGUUUCGUCACCUUUCGGAUGAUCCAUCCCGUCAUCCAUCUGAACCAUCCGAACGAUCCGAACCCAAACAAACUCACAUGUUGUUCGUUCAAGCAAGCCAGCCUGAAAAGAGUCAAGGUUGAUCGCCGCCCUCCCUCAAGGAACCAAUAUCCAACGGGUGAACAUCACGGCAGUGUGAAAAGAUGCCUCGCACGGGAAAAGCUCGCCAACUGGACGAGCUCAAUCGACCCAUCGAACUUGAAUUUGUCCUCAGUUUAGCCCAAUCGGGGGGUCUAGACUCUUUGCAGAGUUCCCCAGUCACGCCAGCCAAUUCGCUGCGGGCCGAUCGUUUCCGUCAAUAUUGGGCCCAAAGAGCGGCUUCGGCUGCCACCGCAUCGACCCGUCCCGUGUCCACCCGCCCCUCAGAGUCGAGCCCGUCUGCCUCAGCCGUGUUUUCGAGCUCGUUGGAAACGGGCAUCGACGAAUCCGAUGUGUAUGUCGAAAGUCGACCCGGACAACACUGGGCUAGUUUGGUGGAAAAAUCGCACGCUUUGGCCUUGGGUGAUCAAAAGGCGCGAGCCCAAUUACUGACCAAAGCCGCCGGAGAUGAGAAACAGGUGAUUGAGCGGCCUUUAGGUCAGCGAAGUCGCAAGAAAAUGAACAGGCUCAAGCGCGAAGAGACCAAGGGCGCGGCUUGGUUCCACAUGAAGGCGCCCGAAAUCACCGAUGAGACGCGCCGUGAAUUGGAAGUGCUCCAAAUGCGAUCCGUGUUGGAUCCCAAGCGCUUUUACAAGAAGAACGAUCGCGCCGACCUCCCGAAAUAUUUCCAGAUUGGUCGUGUGAUCGAUUCACCCGUGGAUUAUUAUACCGACCGGACUACCAAGAAAGAUCGGAAGAAGUCGUUGGUGGAUCAGUUGAUGGCCGAUGCGGAAUUCAAAAAGUACAACAAAAGGAAGUACACCCAAAUCAUUGAGGAGAAGAGCAAACUUCAACGGAAGUAUUCGGGUCAAACUAAGCGAAAGAAAAAAAGUGUCUAGUUGAUGCAAAUGAAUUCAAUCCCGUUCUUUACAAUGUGUAUAUCAAUGAACAACUGAACAAUGGCCAGGUCAAGAGGUGGGAAACUUAUUAUUCCAUUCAUAAAAAUAUUGCAGGAACAUCGUUGAUGCAUGUUCAUUCAUUUUCCCUCCGGAUAACAGGUUAAAGAAACAAUUACUAGUCGCAGCACGAGACACCCACUACCACUGCCAUUCAAAUGGAGAAUAGAAAAAGUUCGAUCGGGCGAGUCCAUGGCCAACUAGGGCACCAAGCGUCGGCCACCGUAGCCAGUCAAGGGCAACGGGUGCACGCACGUUCGGUGCGAGAAAGUGGCGUGCGAGGAUCAAGAGACGCAUACUUAUAAAGAUA